AUGGCUUCUAAGUCCAUCUUCAUCUGCAUUGCCUUCCUUGUGGUUGUUUGUUUUGUGUUGAUGAAGGAAGCAACUACUGACUGCAAUACCGGUGGGGAAAUGGUGUACGGCUGCUUCUAUGUGGAUCAAACUGUUGGCUUUUCAGCUGUAAAGAGCAACAAUAAUAGAAAGGUUCUCAGAGGUUUACGGGAGAAGAAAGUGGUCAUUAUCGAUCAAACACAGAUGAAGACAUCAAGUUCAAGCUAUGGAAAUGGAGGAAACAAGUUGAAUGAUUGGGAGGCGUUGAGGAAGGUUCCUUCUGGUCCUGAUCCACUUCACCAUAAUGGCAACAACCACAAGAAGCCCCGGAGCCCAUGA